AGAAAAAAACGCAAGCGUCAAAGCUCGUUCUCGCUCCCAUCUUCCAGGAACUCGCAGACGCUGGCCACUCUGAAAUAUCUCCUUAGCAACAAAGACGUCAAAUCCGAGCUCGAAAAAGCGCUCUCCGCCUCUUGCGGCUCGAUCGAGCCCUUCCAUUCCUUACUCCAGUCGCUGACCGAAAUUGGGAUCGUGAAGGGCUACAUGCGCGACGCCGCACGAGACCGAAACGAGCGGCACUGCGUGCGGUGCCACGCUUCCUACGUUGAGGCUGAUAACGGCGUCAGGAAAUGCAUCGUC